CAUAAUAUAUGUAUAUAUAUAUACUACACAGGUCUUUUAGAACGUGGCAAGAAACAAGUAUUCAAACUAGUUCGUUAUAUCCCUUCUAUUCGUGACAGGAUAAACAAGGAAUUGGUUAGUGUUAAUGAAACUUUUGAAAAGGAUGUUAUGGAGAGACUCAAAAAAGCUUCAUUCAUUGUGCGUCUCCCAAAAAAUGGACUAAAGAAUGAAGAGAUAUUGAAUUUAAUAAAUCAAAGUAUUCAUCUAGGUGAUUAUGAUUGGGAAGCAGGUCGUGUAUCUGGUGCGGUUUAUAGAACUAACAAUGAACUUGCAAAAUUGAUGGGAGAUGUUUAUACCAUUGCAUCAUAUACUAAUCCAUUACAUCCCGAUAUUUUUCCUGGGAUUUGUAAAAUGGAGGCAGAAGUAGUUAGGAUAGCUUGCCACUUGUUCAAUGGAGACAAAGAAAGUUGUGGAACUAUGUCUUCUGGUGGUACGGAAUCAAUUCUGUUAGCAUGUAAAGCAUAUAGAGAUUACGCUCGUGAAGUGAAAAACAUUAAAAAACCAGAGAUAGUAAUGCCGAUUACUGCUCAUGCAGCGUUUGAUAAAGCUGCACAAUAUUUGAACAUAAAAUUACGUGUCAUACCUGUUAAUCCGAACAGUUAUACGGUUUCCAUCCAAACUAUGAAAAGGGCAAUUACAAAGAAUACGAUAAUGUUAGUAGGAUCUGCACCAAAUUUCCCCUAUGGCACGAUGGAUAAUAUUGAAGCGAUAUCUGAAUUAGGUUUGAAAUAUAAUAUUCCGGUUCAUGUGGAUGCCUGUCUAGGUGGUUUUCUAGCCUGUUUUAUGGAUGAUGCCGGUUACCCUUUACCACCCUUUGAUUUUAGGCUUCCUGGUGUAACUAGCAUAUCUGCUGACACGCAUAAGUAUGGAUAUGCUCCAAAAGGAUCUUCGUUAAUCCUUUAUCGAAACAAAAAAUAUCGACAUCAUCAGUACACAGUGACCACAGAAUGGCCUGGCGGUUUGUAUGGCUCCCCAACAAUAGGUGGUUCUCGAGCUGGUGGUAUCAUAGCUACUUGUUGGGCAACGUUGAUGCAUUAUGGACAUGAUGAAUAUGUGAAAUCCACGAAGAUGAUCAUUGAAACUACCAGAUAUAUUGAACGGAAGUUGAGAGCUAUAGAUGGAAUCUUUAUAUAUGGCGUACCAGCCACGUCUGUUAUUGCAAUUGGUUCCAAUGAAUUUCACAUCUAUAGAUUAUCAGAAGCACUUAGUGCCAAAGGUUGGAACUUGAAUUCACUGCAAUUCCCUUGUGGUAUACAUAUAUGUGUAACGCAUGUGCAUACUAAGCCAGGAAUUGCCGAUCAGUUUAUAGAGGAUCUUAAGACAGAAUUGAAAAUAAUUAUGGAAAGUCGAGAUACUUUAGUGGAAGGAAAGCUUGCAAUGUACGGAAUGAGCCAAAGUAUCCCGGAUAGAAAUAUAAUCGGCGAUUUUACGAAAUGUUUCUUAGAUUCUAUGUAUUAUACUAAAGAAGAUGAAACACAAAAAUAAUGACAUCUUCCACAAAAAGACAUUAAUAAUUUUAUAAUAAAAAUAUGAAAU